GCCGCUGUCAGCGAUCAUCAUUGUGCCUCAUAAAAAGAGAAUCAAGCAUAUUUCCGCGACUGCUCCUUUGCACAUUUCUGGCACAACACACCAAAAAAUAGAAAUCGAGGAAAUUGAAAUCUUUUUCUUUUCAUAAAGAUAUCAACAGCUGACUUUCUGCUGCUUGCACCUGUCAGGAUACAUUUGAUAGAGCCACCUGCUAUCUAGAGACGAAAUAUCUUUUUUUUCCCUUUUAGCCGUAGAGGUACUUCCAUCUAAUUGUUUUUAUUUUUUGACGCGUUUUGGUAACCUCUAGGUCUUUGUGAGUCGGCACAGUGUUCGCAGCACCCGUUAAAUUGUGCGCGUCCCUUCGUGUUUUUUACACAUAUCAUUGCCGGGCUCGACAGCGUUUGUGCACCCCUCUUGCACGCAUUUAGCUCGUGUUCGUUGUCUGUUGUUAUACAUCUUUUGCUCUUUGUCUUCUUUUUAUUUUCCACAAGUUUUUUUUGUUUCCCAGUGUCCACCAUGCGCACGUCCUCGCCGUCUUCACCCUCUAAUGCGCCGUCGCAGAACUCGUUCAGCGCCACCGCCGUAGCCGCCAACACCACCACGGCGACAAAAGGAUUUCAGGUCACGCACACGAGCUUCUCGCAGGCGACGCCGCCCUUCCGUACCUCCUCCCCACCCGUCGCCCCCGCCGCGUUCGUCGGACCAAGACCCGGUGGCGCGGCACUGCUUCCAUCACCCCUUCAAUCCCCCACCCUCCCCGCGUCGAAGGUGGCGACGGUGCGGCCCACCUCAGCGCCGUUUGCUGCCGGCCGCUCCCCGUCGUCAUCGUCGUCCACGCACUCCGGUGUCGUCAGCACGCCGCCGCUGGCGCCCCGCACCGCCGUCGUUCCCCUCAUCACCCCACGUUAUCAAAAGAAAAGUCGCGCAAAUCGGCACAUGAACGUGACGGACAGCUUCCCGCAGCAGCAGACGCCGCCCGGUGCGCUGCGGCAGGAAACGACGGAGCAGAUGACGAUCCAAAGCGGUCCGCAGCAGUACAGUCAAGACGUGCACUUCCACACCUACGACGUCUUCCGCCACGGCAAGCACCAGAUCCACACCCGCAGUGUCGGCUACAGCAGCGACGGUGAUUUGGUCAUGACUCGCGAGGACUACUCGGAGCCGAGCGACGUCGACAACAACUUCACACGCAAACGGACGGAGAUAUCGGAGCCCACGGUGCUGGACCCGCGCGCGCGCCGCCCCCUCACGGAUCAGGAGAUGGAGGGCCACGCCAAACUCCACCUCAGCCGCCCACGCUACAAGAAGUACCCUGGCAUCCGCAUUCCCAAGAACCGCAAGGUGCGCAACCGUCUGUUGAACGACUACUUUGCGCACGAGCUCGCCCGUGAUAUACUGAUGAAGGCGCAGGAGUUCCGCAAGAGUAGACCAAAGGAGCCGGUGACCACAACGGCGCCAUCCUUCAGGGACUUGCCGAAGGCCGUCAUCCGCGCCUUCGAUCUCGAGGGAGAGGAGCAGCUGAUGGAGUUCGAGCGGCUGCACGUGCACCCGGAUGCGGUGGCGCCACAGGUGCGGAAUGUCCGUCCACCACCGCACCCGGACUCGCCGGAGGGACGCGUGCAAGGCCUCAACACCCGCCUCCGCGGUGAGCUGCAACACGCCUUGAACAGCGAGUUCUUGACGCAUCAAAUCGAUGACUUGGAGGUGCACUUCACCCACUUCAUCCAGGACAACUCCACCACGCCGGAGUCGCUUGUCUUUUACUUUAAAGACGGGUACGGCCGCUUGAUUUGUCACGGCGUGGCCGCCUACUACCUCCUUGUGUCGGAGUCACGCACGGUCAUGGACGGCAGCGGCGUGAAGCUGACGUACGUGUCGCUGCCCAAGUCGCGCCGGCACGGCGUCCGGGCUGUCAACCCGCCCCAGGUGCCGCUGUUGAUGGUGCUGAAGCGCAAUCGACGCAAUCUGCCAGCUAAGCACAGCCUCUCGUGUCAGACAACGCCGCAGAUCGCACCCGCGGCGGAUCCGGCGUUGCCGCCGCCGCUCGUGAUGGGAGCCGGAGAGGCCUCGUCCAUCCGCCGGCCAGAUCCAGAUGAAGUGAUGUCCCCGUUGAUGCUAGGCCCAUCAUCGAUGUCUCGUACGAGUUCGGGCGGCGAGGGUGCGGGGGCGGUGGCUGUUCCCUUGACGCCGCCAACGUCGGAGCUGCUCCUCGAUAACCCGACUGUGUUCUGUACGGUGAACGGCAAGCUUCCCGUGGGCGGGCCGCUCCCGCUCUACGUGCCGACGCUGCACAUGGUGCUGUCGGCCGAGCAGCAGGAGUCUGCUUCGGAGCAGUUAGACGCGCUGAGUGCGGCGGUCACACCCGUGCUGGCACCCGCCACACCGCCGCUGACGGCCACACAACGGAAGAAGAUGCGCACAGCAGCCGCAGAGCCGUCUCCCGAAGCUUCGCAAGACGAAAUCUCAUCUCGUCGGUAA